GCAGCAGUAUGAGAACGAGGAGAAGGAGAAGAAGAAGAUAAAGAUGAAUGUGAGGAUGAAGAAGGAGAAGGAGGGAGAGGAAGACAAGAUAGAAGAAGUUGAGAUGGAAGUUGAAGAGGAUUCCCAGCCUGGAAUUAUUGAACCGCAUGAACCAAGUGACAGCACAUCUGCUGAAGAUGCCGACGUGGAAGACAGGUCGCUGACAUCUGGCAGCCACUCCCACAAGACUGACAGCAUUCUACACACUCCAGUUAAUGGGUCCCAUACUCAGGAUGAUGAAGAAUCCCUGCCUUCCCAUUAUAUACAGAAUGUAAAACUAAAUGAUUCAAUUUCUGGAGCUUUGGACAAAGUGAUGCAAAAUGAGGCAGUGACUGAGAAAUCAAGUAGUGUGAAUGCAGCCUUAAUUGGUCCACAGCCACUGUCUCAGUUCAUGCAGGAGGAAAACAGUCAAGGGGAACCUUCAGAUAGUACAAAACUCGCGUCAGAGUAUGAAGAAUUCAUGAAGGCUGUCAGUUUCGAAGCCACUGGGGAUGACACCACGCAAGGUGAUGAGCAGAUGGAAAUUGAUGGUGGUACCCCGGUGCAGGACAGUCCCCAAAAAAAGGAAUCUGAUAGCCCCAAAAAAAUUCAGCCAGAGUCUGACAGUCCCAUAAAAAUUCGGCUGGAGCCUGGGAGUACCAAAAAAAUACAGCUGGGUCCUGACAGUCCUGAAAAAAUUCAACCAGUUGCUGCCAGUCCAGAAAAAAUUCGCCCUUAUCCUGACAGUCCUGAUAAAAUUCGGCCAAUUAAUGACAGUCCCGAAAAAAUUCGACCAGAGCCCGACAGUCCUAAAACAGUUCGUCUGGUUCCUGACAGCUCUGAAAAAAAUCGCCCAGAUCCUGGCAGUCCCAAAAAAAUUUGCCCUGUUCCAGACAACCCUGAAAAAAUUUGCCCGGAUCCUGAAAGUUUUGGAAAAAUUCAGAUGGAUCCUGAUAGCCCCAAAAAAAUUCAUCCAGAUCCUGGUACUACAAACAAAAUUAGCAAUAGAUCUGACACUCUCAAUGAAGCUCCUCGUGUUGAAAUGGAAGACACAACUUGGUCUCAUAGUUCUUCAGAGAAGGAGAAACAGCAAAGCAGCCGAAAUAAUGAUUCAGAAUGUAACAGAAAUGACAAAGUCACAGAGGGAAACGAGCUGAUGAAAGAAAAUGGUGAGUCGAGUAUGAAACAGCCUGUAACGGUGAAUCUUGGUCCUAAAUUGAGUGUACCAGAGUCGGUCAGUGCUUUCUUAGCUGUUGCUGAAAGUGCAUGCAGUGAUCUGUCGGUAAAGCAGAACAAUUCUCGCAGCAGUAGUUCUUCCAGUAGUUCGGAAAGCUCUUCAUCUUCAGAUUCAGACGAAAAGCACCAUCGCAAGAGCAGGCACUCGAAGAAGGCUUCCAAGAAGAAGAAAAAGAAGAAGAAACACAAGAAGAAGAAACGACACCACUCACAUAAAAAGUCAAAAAGCAGGCAGAAGAAACGGUCAGCUACGAGUUCGUCCUCUUCUUCGGAUAGCAGCACUUCGUCAGAUGAUGAAAGCUCUUCGGAAUCCAGUGAGGCCAAGGAAAAGGUGUCUGUACGCAGCAGGAAGAAACGGAAGGGACACGCACAGCAGGUCGAGGCUGGCAGCGAAGGCGAGGACACAGGUGAUGAAAGAUCUCCAUCCCGCACGCGGAAGGAUAAGGGGCAGAAGUCGACACGCUCCAGGUCUAAGGCUAAAAAAGCAAAGGACAAGUCACAUGGGAAGCGCCAUAAAGAAAAGAAGAAGAAAUUGAAAAAGAGGAAGAAAAAGAAGAAGAAGAAGCAGCAACGGAGUCAUAGUAAAAAGCACAGUUCGAGCGAUUCGGAUGAUGGUGUUGCCGCACUGUUGCUUCCGGAGCUUCCUGUCACUGCUGGAGGUGUGACUGAGCCCACUGGUGGAAAGACUAAUGAGGUACUGGGAUUUGUUCCAGAGUUGGCUGUUAACUCCCACCUUCCUUCGAAAGCAGCUGAAACAGGUAAGAAAAACAAGAGUGCUGCAAAAGCAAAACACAAAGGUCGAUCUCGGGGUAAAAAGAAGAAAAAGGAAAAGAAACAGAGUCGACGACACACUCGCCAUACUGACAGUGACUCCGAAAGUGAUGAGAGUGGCGACAGAGAUUCGGACACACGAGAGGACGGAGAUGAACGGAAGGGGCGGCGUCGAUCUUCGUCGAUGCCUGAACCACCGCAUAAGAAGCGACGGCGCUCGCCUUCCAGUUCGCCUGAACGGUCGCCAGCUCCAUCCAAGCGUCGACAGAAUCAGCACCCAUCAACUUCAGCCUCAUCCGAUCGACAGGCUCCGUCUGAAGGUGGUGGCAGAUCGGGUUCUGAAGGAGGCAGGGGGACCAACAGAGAGCGACAGAAGAAUGGCAGUGAUGAGGGGAGCAGUCGUAAGAGGGUCAGAGGCGGUGGCUCUCCCAAAGCAGUGGCAGCAGCAGUAGUGGCUGCUGCUGGGGAUGGGGCAGCGUCUGCAAAGCCCAGAGGUGCCACUAGGUGUUCAGAAAAGACGAAGUCUGCCCAUUUUGAAGGUGAGGAAGAUGAAGAAGAGGCCGACGGAGAGGGGGAAGAAGAGGAAGAUGAGCACCACAGACAUUCGAGGAGUCGCAUUGUGGCCGUGCGUAGGAAGAGGAGUGUCAGCAACUCGAGUUCGGGCAGCAGCUCAACAUCUGUCACUUCGAGCAGCAGCCGGAGUAGCAGCAGCAGCAGCAGUAGGAGCAGUUCGAGCAGUAGUGACAGUUCCAGGAGCAAUGGCAGCAGCAGCUCUUCUUCAGACGCUUCGGACAGCAGCAGUUCCAGCAGUAGCAGCACGAGUAGCAGCAGUUCGAGCUCCAGUAGCAGCUCCACCCCCAGCACGAGCAGCUCGAGCAGUUCAGAAGCACGUGCUGGCAGCAGUAGCAGCAGCAGCUGCGACCUGCCUGUGCCACAUGUCAGCGACAGCGACGAUGGUGACGAGUUGGCGGCCCUCACAGGUGACACCCGCCCUGCCCUCUUCCCAUCCGGUUUGGGAGCUGAGGGCGAAGCCGAUGAGGAUGAUACAGAAGAUUCUGAAUCUUCAGACGAUGACUAUGAUGAUGAAGAUGAUGAAAACGAUGACGACAGUGAAAAUGAUGUAGACAAUGAAAACGGCAAUGAAAAUCAAAAUGGUGAAAACAAUCAAAAUGGUGAAGACAAUCAGAAUGGUGAUGAUGAGGACAGAGAUGGAGAGGAGGACAGUGAUGAGAGUGAAGUGUCGUCAAUUAUGUCACCUAGUCGCAUCAAGAAGGAGGCAGUCUCUGACGAAGAUGAGUCAGAGGUGUGGGACCCGGAAUCCCUGCGCGCGCUGAACGAGGCAUUUGACAGCAAGGAAGGUGUGAAAUUGGUCAUCCUGCAAGAGCUGCCAGAACAUAUCAGAACCAGGAACAGUAAUUUCAAUAAGUCUGCAGAAAGACAGACAUCGAAAGAUGAGGCCUCAGUUGAGCUGAAACUUGAGCCCAUUCUUUGUGCCCCGUCAACUUCAAAAUCGUCUGUGUAUGAGGGUGCUGGACCUUCCAGGAAGCAGACUCCGGGAACAUCAAAGAUAAGUGAGUCAAGUAAUAGUGCACGCACGAGCACAGAAACAGAGAACUUGCCGGGUCCGUCGAAACCUUCUUUAGCAGCUGCUUCUGUAGCUGCCUCUCCCAGCACAGUGUGGCAACAGGCAGGCUCUUCGAAAGUGUGUAAUAAAUCUGAGCUGGUGGCUUCUGACAGUGGUUUGGGACAUGGUAACAGUUCUGUAACUAACAAAGCAUCAACCAGUGCUAUCCCUCCGAGCCGUAAUGCCCCAGCCAAAGCAUCAACCAGUGCUAUCCCUCCGAGCCACAAUGCCACAGCUGUGGCUGUCGAUCAGGAGAGAGCCUCUCUGUCAGAAAGGAAUGAGUCGGUUCUCUUGCAGACCCAGAAUGGAACAGUAGGCGAUGCAGAAAUUGGAGGCCAAUUGAGGGACACAGUGGUAGGAAUGGAAAAUGAGUGUCCCAUAUCGCAAAGAAGAGGUGCUGAAGACACUUCGGAAGACAGCACACCCGUAAAAGGUCAUGUGAGAGAAGAAAUUGGUAAUAAUGCUGAACUCGAAAAUUCAAUUGUUCAGAACAAGCAACUGGAGGCACAACUUGCAGAAGUGCCUCUUCUGGAUAAACAUCCACCACAGACACUAUCCUCCCAGCAAAAGCCCUCUGCUCUUACUCAAAAAGGAAAUGCUUAUCCUGAAAUGUAUGAUAUGUUUGCUGAUGAACCACCAAGUGCAUCAGUGGUUCAGAGUGCAUGUAACAAAGAGAAUAACAAUUUGGAGCAACCAGGUGGAAGUGAGAAACAGGUCCGUAGGUACCAACUGAAUGCACAAACAUCCACUAGUAGUGAGAGAAAACCUUGCGCCAAGUCGGGGAACACUAGUUCUGCCCAUGAAAAUAGGAAAAGCGCCAACGAGUGUCUCGCCGAAGGCCUACCCCUCGGAAGCAGUGCAGCUCCAAUGAAUUUGGGGCUCUUUCACCGUGAAAUGCCUGUACAUUUUACAUCUGACAUUUCUGCAGUGAGCAGCUGGGAGGAGAAAUUUCGUAUUGCAGUGAGAAAUGUGCAGGAGCUGAAAGCAAGAACCGAAGAGCGUCAGAAAAAAUUGGCAGACGGAAACAUUGAUAAAGUGCCCGAAGCAGAAGGAGAAAAGAAAGAAGAAACAGUUACAAAAACUGCGGAGGAAUCAAAUUUGAAUGCUGACUUCGUGAAAAAGUCACACAGUUUGUACUGGGAUGAGAAGGAUGACGAGAGUAUACAUUUCAGUUGGGGCCAUGAACGUGAACAUUCAAAUACUGGAGCCCAGGUAUCAGAUUUUGACCAGACCACUCGAGAAGAGGGAGAUAACUCGGCCUCCCGUCAGAAGGAUGAGAACAGUUGGAUUUCUUCUGAGUAUGGGAAUGGAAAGGCUGAGGGUAGUCAUGCGGAUGGCGACAGUCACUUUGGUAAAGUUUUUUGUAAUACUGAAGUCAGUAGCACUCCUUCCGAAGUGAUCAAUUCCCUAGAGGAGAGAGACUUCGAGGUAGAUCGGAGCUCUUGCCACGAAAAUAGGGAGGCGUUGAUCAGUCAUGAGAGAUCGCAUGGUUCAACAGUACGAGAAUACAUUCCUCUUGAAAGGUGGAAAGAAAGUGAGAAUGACCAAAUAAAAUUUGAUGAACUAAAUGAGAAUGAUGUCAUCAGUAACUGUAGAAAAGAAUACAUCAUUCAUACAAAAGACACACAAAAUACGACUAAUAAUCCUCCAGAUUUGUCUGCAGCUGACAGUGGGUUACUGGAAGAUGAAGUAAAACCUAGUUUGAGUGGUGGUGGUGGUGGUGGUGGUGGUGGUGGUAGUGAUUGUGAUGAAGAGGAAGAAAAAACUCUUCAAGAAGUUGCGAAUGUCACUGAUGUAUUUCGUAAAUUAAUAGAAUGUAAAGACAGGGGAGAAAUUACACUAGGUACUGAGUUAGAGCUGUUGGCUGCUGGAAGCCCACAUUCGUCUGAUGACGAGGAGAUUUUACCUGAUUGUUUUUCUGACAAUCUCUUUAGCCUGCAACACAUUCUCGAGAGAGAGGACACAGACGAAAAGUUGUCUAAUGAUGCCCUCUCGUCGCCUGCACAAAAGAGGGCUAGAGAUUCUCAAGAAGCCACAGGUGCCCACACAGAGGACACUGCCAUCGACUUCGAAGAGCAGGACAGUAUCUCCUCUCCCAGGAAAAAGGCCCGCACGACUGAAUCGAAGGCCGAAAUGACUUUUAGUGGUAGUGGGGUUCUGGAGCCUAGUAGUGUCGAUGGGGAGGAGCACAAUAAGCCACAGUCUGCCACUCCGAGCAGUACCCAUGGGGUCUCGACAGACAGUAAGGCUGACGGUUCGGGUGAAAAGAGUGGAGAGGCAGCUACCACCACUCGGCACGAUGAACGCAGGAGAGAGAGGAGUCCAGACUCCUACAGGACCCAGGAGGAGAAACACAGGAAGAGCUCCCGCCACCACGAUGACUCUGACAGGCAGAAUCGGAGUGAUGACAAGAGGAGGGAAAACAGAGAUCGGCGGCGGGGAGAGGAACACAGACGUGACAGGAGGGAGAGAGAGCGGAGGAGCUGGCGGCGUGACAGCCGCAGCCGGAGUGGCAGUCCUGCGGACUACCUAUCGUCCAGGAAGCGCCGGGGUUCCGGGUCACCCGACCGCCGGCACAGAGGUGUGGAGGACAUCCCGCUGCCUGCAGCCCUGCGGCAGCAGCGGAGGUCCCAAUACAGGGCAGACGACGAGCCGCCGCCAGCCGCAGAGGCACGGGAGGGAAGGCAGAAGCGUUCCUCCACACUCUCCGCUGGUGUUGACCCGAAGCUGUCAUCUGCUAAUAUUACACAGUUGGAACACUUAGCCGGCUACAACUUCAGUUCAAGAUCAGAAUCUAGGACCACACGCGGAAAAAGGCCUCCAUCUCCACCGCCGGCGAGCAAGUCACUGAAAUUUUCACCCAAGCGCCCAUCCCUGGAUGACCGCAUUGAGAUGGAACUGGGUGUUCGCAAGGCAGCACCACCACCACCGCAGCAGCAGCAGCAGCAGCAGCAACAGCAACAGCAGCAGCAGCAGCAGCAGCCGCCGCAGCAGCAGCAGUCACAGCAACCGCCACCACCUCCACCACCGCAGUCACCGGCCCCUGUCCCACAGUUUCAUCAACAACAGGGACCAUACAAUUUCCCAUUCCCGCCCAACUACUAUGGCCCCCACACUCCUCAAAUUCCCAGUCCGGCUCCUCUGUUCCAGCAAGGCUUCAACCCUCUGCACUGCCAGGGGCGUCCUCAGUUCACCUGUCCCCCGCCACCCAUCGUGCGCUACACCACACCGCCACCGCCUAUCCAGAAUAAGAGGCCGCCAUUGCUGCCUACUCCUACGCACUUCCGGCCACGGAUGGAGAUGUGGGACACGAGCCCAGAGGCCAUGGCGGCCAUUAUGAGGGGCACGCCUCCUCCACCUCCACCGCCUGCACAACCCCCACCUCCCGUACAACCUCCACCUCCAGUACAACCCCCACCUAUGCAACCCCCACCUCCGGCACAACCUCCUCCUCCUGUACAACCCCCGCAGACACCUCCACAGCAGCACUUUCACAAUUCGCGAGUUGUUCAGGUUGGCAAUGUGUUACAAGUAGUGCCAGCAGAACUGCCUCCCCCUCCACCCCCACCACCACCUCAGGAGCCACCACCAUCCACGAUGACGGGAGAUGGAGCGCAACGGGUUGGCGCCACACCAGGCACGUCUGUGGCUACGGUCACAGACGUGCCUCCGGCUUCUCCCGCUGAUCGGGGAUCGGUAUCGGCAGCAGCCCUGUCUGAUGUGGCGGCUGCCUUGGCGGCACGUGUCACCGCUGCCGCAUCACACUGUACUGGUCCCGCAAUGCUACUGCCUUCUGUGGCCGCCGUGCUGCAGCUGCCCAUGAUGUCGACAUCAUUGCCAGUUCCACCUGCAGGAGCGGUAGAUGGCACCACAGGAUUUGUGGCUCCCGCCCCUCCAGUCGAACAGCUGUCAGCAGCGCAGCAGCAGCAGGCUGCCGCCGUUGCGGCUGAGCUGGAGCGCCGGCGCAUCGAGCGUGAGAGGCGCCGCCAGGAGAAGGAGCGGCGUCGACAGGAGAAGGAGAAGCGCAGACAGCGCAAGCUGAUGGCGCGGGCCUCGGCCGCUGCUGACACCAACAUAAAGAAAGCACUGUUGGAACGACAACGUAUUAGUGAAGGUCUGGUGGGCACUAUUGUCGGAGAAGGAGAAGUCGACAUUGAGGAGAUGAAGCUACUAGAGGGAUCACCUGCACUGUUUUCCAGUCGUUUGGGACUUUUUGGUGGGCAAGAGACUCGUGAUAAAUGUGAAGCUAUGCAGGAAGUGCCAGAAAUGGAUGACGAAGCUGGUGGAGGCGAAGAUGCGUCAGCUACGCCCUCACCAGGAUCACGAAAGCGCCGCAAAACUUCCUCGAUUCUUCUCGAAGUGAAGCCCCUUCCUCCUGCAGGCCGGGGAAUUCUUGUAUCUCCCGGUUUCAGGGACAAGCCACUGAAGACCGCUAUGGCAGACCGUAAGUCUGUCAAGUUUGCAGACGGCGUCCAGCCGGGUGAAGGCACGUCACCCUCUGGAGGAGAGGACCUGCCAUCACCUCCUCCACCUCCCCGCAAGCUACCAAAAGAAAAGCGCUUCAAGAAGAAGAAGAAAAAGAAGAAGGUGAAGGUAAAAAUUAUUAGACACCUCAAUGUAGAAGAGGUUGUCGAGGAAGAUGAUGAUGAAGAUGAUGACAGCUCACCCCCACCACCUCCGCCAGGUUCACCUCCGCCACCUCCUGCAUAUCCAUAUCCUGCAUACCUGGCUGCCGGAUAUGCAUAUCCUUAUGCUGUAGUCCCAGGUGUAGAAGCUCCGAGUGCAGCGUCAGUUAUUGGCAAUGCAGAUCGAACAAUAGCAGGUGGAGCAUCGGCUGCUGUGGCACCCAGAACUCCAAGCCCAACCACCGUCUACAGCUCGGCAGCAAUGGCAGUAGCAGCUUCCACCGCCUACCGACCCGCAUCCGUGCCGCCUGCCACCCCGUGAACUCCCACCGUUGUGGACUCCACAGUGUGAAAUUCAGCUCGAGCACCUCGGGUGAAGUCAACCUCUCUCUGUGUUAAACAUGAGUGUAUCAUUUAAAUAUAUUGUAGUGUCUCAGGUUGACAGUAAAUAUGUUCCAGUGGAAAGCAGUCGUGCUGUGUGCAGACUGGAAAUGUGUACAGUACCAAAUGUGAAAUAUAUAAAUUUUGCCAAAACAGAUGUAUCACAUUAGCAUGUAGAUUCAUUAUUUUGUGGUUCGGUUGCAGUGCCUAUAACAACAGUUCUCAGAAAACAGAUUAAUAACUGUGGCAGCUCCUUGAAUGUACAAUUGUGUCAUACUUCUGUAAUUAAUGUGGUAAGUAAUUUACUGGACUGCUGGCAGAACCUGUCAGAUUUGAAAAUAAUGCAAGCAUUAGACAUUGGUGAACAUUCUCGAUGAUUGUUUGCCAACUGUGUGUGAGUAUUUCACUGAAUUGGGGGGGGGGGGGGGGGGGAGUG